GUAUGACUUACGGAUAAUUGUCAUUGUUUAUAAUAGGCAUCAAUCGCUUCUUAGAUUACUUGAUUCCUUAAAUGCCGCGGACUACAGCGGAGAUAAUGUGAAGUUGGAAGUCUGGAUAGACAGGUCAGUGCGCGGUACUUUGGAUGAAUUAACAGUUAAAACAGCAAAAUCAUUCAUAUUUUUGUAUGGAGAAUAUCAAGUUAUUUCUCGUGUCCAGCAUGCUGGUAUUUUCGGACAAUGGAUUUCUACCUGGAGGCCAGAAAAAGAAAAUUAUGAGAUUGCAGUUGUAUUGGAAGAUGAUCUCACCGUUUCAAAGUUUUUUUAUAGGUAUCUUAAGCUCGUUCAUAAAAAGUACGAUGCAUAUCCUUUCAUUAAUGGUUAUACUUUACAAAGAUUGUCUAUGGUGCACCAUAUAAAAAAUAAUGCACCGCCACCUCUGGGAUCCAGCGACAGUGUGUUUUUGUAUCCUGUAAUUGGAUCGUGGGGGUUUUCACCAAGAAGGGAUAAUUGGGUUCACUUUCAAAACUGGUUCAAAACAGUUUGCGAUAAUAAAACAUUAAGCCUGUAUAUACCAAACAAUAAAUUAAGUAUGUUGUAUUCUGGAAGGAAACAACCAAAUACUGACGUGUGGACAGUUUGGCAUAUGUACCAUGCAUAUAUCAACUCGGAGUACACACUUUAUACAAAUAUUCCAGGACAUGUUGGGUUAUCAACAAACUGGCGAGAAAAAGGUUUACAUUUCAAAUCACACAGAGGGAAAACAAAUAACUUACUUCAAAAUUGGUUGGACGACUUUGAUAACCUUCCAGCGAGGCCUACAAUGGUUAAUUUAUCGGGAGAAAUCAUAUCUUAACUUGAUUGGCUUAAUUGAACUGGGCAAGCAAUAACAUGAUCAUUUAAACACUGUCUUUGAAACUACAUUUACAGAUUGAAUCACUAAAAGCACUAAAGAAUCAUUUAAUGCUUAAUUUCAAAACAACACGAUUUGUAAAUGAAACAAUAAAAAGAAACAAACAUAACAACCAUCAAACUUAAGCAAUCUUAGAAACAGCUUAAAUUACUUGCUUUUUAAAUCGCUUGAAUCAUUAAAAUUAUUUAUUUUAUGCUUUUCAGUGGAUAACUGAUUUAUCCGUGAAAAUUAUAUUUGAUAAUUUCACAGUGAAAAUUAUCAAAAUAUAAUUUCACACUUUUCAAUGACGAAACAACUUUUUUAAGAUUUUCCCUAUGUGGUACCUCAAUUCUAUUUUUGGUGACUAUUCCGACAAUGUCGGGCUGUUUAAAGAAAAGCAAACCUGAAAUUGAUAAAUAACUAAUAUGUAAAAAGUAAUAAAAAGAAGAAAACUUACAGUAACUUACUUCUAUUCAUUCAAAUUACCAAUCACCAAAUAUCCUCUCUUUAAUUUUUUUGUUUCAUUUUUACAGUCUGAAAAAUACAUUCCUUCCACCAAAGGGGUACGGCUCAUUGAAUGUUCACAAAAUAUGUAUUUGAUGGUAGAAAACAUUUAUACUAAGUCAGAAAUGAAUUCUAAGUCCAUUCCCAUUACACUAUAUACUAAUAUAUAGACAAGGGGUAACAAGUCCCAUAAGAAGGUGUCUAUGCCCAAUCAGGCUUUUUGCCUCGCAGUUUUUUACACGAUACAGCAUAAAUAAAAAGGAAUUAUGCAAUUUGUAGUCGAAUGAUUUAUCUAUCGAACCAAUGUAAAACUUUUCUAAUAUCUCUUAUACUUAACGAGUACUGGCCGUCAAAGUAACAAAAAACUGUUCAUUUUUACGAGGUCGACAUCGAUCGUGGCUACGCAGGAAACACAAAGUUACACGACUGUUGCAAUCGUUGGAGAUAAUAGCACAAGCAUUUAUCAUGCUGGGCAAUUAAUAAUACAUAAAAGUAAUCAAAAUAUACCAAUAACCUACAAUGACAAUGUGAUAUAAACUCACCUGCGGCUUCAAAAUAAUUCCCCAUUGAAAUUUCUAUAAAACACCGCCAUCUUGACGAAUGUAAACAACCGUCAUUUGAUUGGUCGGUUUAUUUCCCGAAAAUAUACACGUAAAUUUCCGGAAAAAAAAACGACCAAUCAGAUGACGUUAAGACUGUGGCCCAAAGUGCAGUCGAGCGUUAGGUUUGCUUAUUGCAAAAUAUAAAAGUUAAGGUAGACUUCUAUACAAUGUUUUCACGAUACUAUUUGAAACAAUAGUUUGGCCUGUUGUAAGUUACAUUGCUCCUUGAUGGGGACAUCGUGCAUAUUCAUGUAUUGACGCAAUUUAUAAAAGAGAACAGCUAUUAUUUUCUUGGUUUUGGCAAGAUCACACCAAGUGGAAGCCACCGAUAGUCCGUCAAUGGAAAUUUACUGCUUUGUAUUUGUCAAAGUUAGCAAAUAUGGAAGAGUCUAGAUUUACAAAACGUAUUGCACUCUGGGCAUAUAAUACAGCUGAUAUUACAUGUAACAAUCAUUUUUGUAUUAUGAAUAAUUUGAAUGUAGAUUUAUCUUUACAAAAAACCAUUGCUAGAACGUUUGUACAAAUUAUUGUCCCUCAAUAAUUGUAUCAAUGAAUGAAAAACUAGCUUAUACAAUGAUACUGGACUGUCUGGGCGCGGUCGUUAUAAGUUACGAUUAUAUAAAACUAUUAAGUCAGAGUAUUAAUGCGACAAGUACUGUAAAAUAAAAAGUUGCCGCCUUCUAAUCGGUCAGCAUUUUGUUUAGAUAAGGACUUGCGCCGAUUCGUAUGAAGAUCUGCCGUUAUGAUGGUCUGAGCAUGGAAGAUAGAAUAUGUCCUUUUCGUAACGAUUAUUCAGUUGAAAAUGAAUACAUUUUGUGUUCAAUUGUAAGGUUUAUGAUGAUUUAAGAGUAGAUAUGUACUCUAGAGCAAUAGAUCAUGACAGUUUGUUCUCUGAAAUGCAGGGUUCUGAUAUAAGACUUACUUCUUUUCCAAAAAGAGCCAAAAAAUAAUACGAUAUUGUGCCAAAAAUUGUGAAAAUAUUUUAGAUAGACUUCGUUUUAAACUUUGUAAAUAAAAUAUUACAAUAUAUGUUGAAUGUUUCAUUUUUGUAUUACCUUAUAUUUUGUAUCUAUUUCAGAAACCUCUUAAAUGCAUGUGCUUCGAUUUUGAUAUUCGUGCUAUUUUUAUUUUAUGAUGAUAUAUGUUUUACUAGAAAUAAUUGUUUUAUGUUUUUCUUGUAAAGUAUCUUAACUCCAUGCCUAGUUAAGAUAACCUGUUAGAUUUUAAUGUAAUUUCUCACGACUAUCUGUUAAAAUUCCAUAUGGAAUGGCAUUGCAUUUUUUUUUUAAAGAUAUAUGUAUGUUUUAUCAUGUAUAUGCAAUGAUGAAAUGUAAAUAAAGAUACUACUACAACUACUACUACUGUAUAUUGAUGGUCGUUCAAUUAUUCAAGUUUUUUCCUGGCAAAAUUCAUCUUAAUAAAUUGUCAAAUUAACACCUAAUUCUUAUUAUUAAAUGCACAAUUUAACAAGUAUUGACACAGUUUCUUUUUUCAAUUUAGAAACGCUUUCCGUAACAUUUCUGACCAUUCUAAAAAAUGCAUUUUCUUAUUUGACUGGGUAUGUCAGAUAAAAAUUAAAAUUUGAUGGAAGCCCUUCGAUUAUUACCGUAAAUGUUCGGAUCGGGCUCAUGUGAUUGAUAUAUAUGAAUAAUUAUCAGGACAGUUCGAAAGAUGUGAAAUGCUCGAGAAGAAAAUUUCAGAUUCGGAAAGGAAAAGGAGAAAUGAAUUACCUGGAUAGUGAAUCAAGUCGGUAGAUAACACUGAAAAUGGAAAUUUAAGUCGAAAGCGACCGUUGAGUUGAU